CUGUCGGAGGAGAGUGAGCAUCUUUUCGGUUUUCUCUUCAAUCUGACUGGAGUUGUGUCUUGAAUAUCUCUACGUUUGCAGUUCUAGGAAAAAUCCGGAGUGCGGUGGGAAGCGCUCAGCUGCUCAUGUCCCAAAAGUUUCAGCAGUUUUACUGGCUAUGUCAGCAAAAUCUGGACCCAAGCGCCAUGCCCAGACCCACAUCUCAGGACCUGGCCGGAUUCUGGGACCUCUUGCAGCUUUCCAUUGAAGACGUCACUGCCAAAUUUGAAGAGCUGCAGCAGAUCAAGAGCAACAAGUGGCAACUGCUGGGGAGUCCUGAGAAGAAGGAUCAAAAGUGGAUUCCCCCUCUGACCAAGAGGCCCAGCAGGGGCCGUGGCGGGGUCAUGCGAGAGCGAUCGCUGGAUCUCCAGGACCGCCAGCGGCAGGAAGCCCGCAGACGGCUCAUGGCCGCCAAGCGAGCGGCUUCGUUCAGACAGAACUCAGCUACCGAGCGAGCCGACAGCAUCGAGAUCUACAUCCCGGAAGCUCAGACGAGGCUUUGAGGUCCGCGGAUUCAUCCUUGAUUUCCGCUUUGCUCAUUUUUUGCUUUCUUCAUUCAACACCAGCUCCCGGCGUCACAUCUUGCUUCCGUCGCCCACUUUAAGAUGUGUUGCCAUUCUUUAGAUUCUUACGCUUCUCGAUUUUUUUUUUUUCAAAAGUCAGCCUCCAAAUCAAUUCAACUCCUAAUUCUGAGGAGUGUGGUGCUUGCAGCAAGCUCAAACGUUCCAACUUUAGCCUUUUAGAGCUGCUAUUGCCCCGAAUCAACACCUGAUUUCAAUAUUUUCUGUACUUUCAAUUAAUAUUUGGUACACUGAGAGUUUGUUAGUCAAGUCGUAAUUGUUCCUCUCUCUAAAAAAAAAAAAAACUAAAAAACUUCAGUUAUUUCAACCUUCAUCCAUUUGAUUCAUGGAACUCAUUUUGCUGCUGGAUGCGUUCACGUUGCAGAACACAUUCGUCGACGAGAGAUUGCGCAAGAGGGGAGUACAGAACAGCAUUUUUUGCGCCUUACGAUAUUCAUGUUUGUAUUUCCAAGGGAAAUGUAGUUUGUGGAGCUCACGUGAUAAUGUUGCAGUUGAAUUGCAAAGGACGGUUGCCGUUUUUUUUCCCUCCAUGCCAUUCUAUUCGGAUAUUGCGACAAAUUGCAUUUGGUAUUGACGGGAUUGUUGGUUGAUUUAACAGAGCAUUUGUACGGGUUGAUUAGGGCAUGCUCCCACGCUGCAACCUUUAGCUCAGAUUACGCACACACACAAAACAUCAUUUAGUCAACAAAGGGUGCAAAUGACACUUUAACACUCGUCAGUUACUCUAGUCAACGGUGCUGCUUUUUACUCUCCAAGUGUUGUCCUUAACCCGGGCCUAUGCGCACACAGACACGCUCAAGGACUUUUUAAAACAGAGAUUUAUCAACAUGGUGCCCGUUUGUCUCUGCGCUGGUUGUGUGUGUGUGUGCUCCAAUGUGACGUUAGGAAGGAUCAUCUUUGCAAUGCGUUUGCCCAAAAUAGUCUUUCGGUUUUCUAUAUUAAUGGCAGAAAAGCUCUCAUGCUAUGUUAGCACUAGCAGCCAGUAAACUAAAUGUACCUAUAAAGUGACAGCUUCAUAAUCCUUAAGAUUGUUCACUUGUAAUUAGGUGAGUUGUGCCGUUUGUUCCCAUGGCAACCACAGAGCCCUGACUUACUUCAGUAGUUUGUGGUUGGUGGACCAGCCAGGAUAAGGAAAUAAAAAAAAAAGGGAUUUGAUGCCACAAAUGUUCUCACAAGCUUUGCUAUAGUUGUCGCCAAAGGUGUCUGGUGGUAUAUAGGUCAGGGUUCUCAGUCAAGUUCUUCCACACCCAACUCAUAAGAGCGUGCCAGAUGAGGACUUUUCUCAUAACUUCCCACAAAAGUGUCCAAAAUGUCUUCUUGGUGUGCUUGGAGGAGAAAAAAAAAAGACGGAUGGGCCACUAAGGAGCCCAGUACCAUUUCUUAAUACAACAUGAAUGAAUUUAAAUCAUAGAACAUAAAGACCAUAUAGAUUUAGCCUAUUUCACUCAAUUCCAUACUAACAACAUAAAAUGAUAAAAUAUUUAAUUGAUCUGGUUGGAUUGUAAAUCAGUCACACUAAUGCAUGUAAAUUUCCCGAUGAAAAUCAGCUUUCGAAUUUGGAUUAGUGGAUGGAGGGAAGGUUGGCAGUGUGUGUUCUAAACAUCGGCGAGUUCUUUCCUGCAUCACACACACACACAGCAAUUGUAGGACUACCUAUUCAAGCAGAUGUGUGUGUUUGUGUGUUUGUAGUGUUGUGUAGUGAGGAAUUUACAGGGUUUUAGAUAGUGGGCUUAAAAAGAUGUGCAUCAUGUGACUUGCACACAGUAACUGGUAUCAUGCGGGGCUAUUAGUACAUAUUAAAUAAUCAUGAUAUCAUAUAUGUGCAUAAGCCAAAAAUAUUUGCUAUAAUGGGGCUUGGGCAACUAUGUACAUGACAAUUCCUCAGGUGCCUUAUGGUGUUGUCCAUGUUGAUGGUUACUGCUGCUGCUGCGACUUCUUCUUAGCGUUAUAAAGGGCUGUAAACUGGUUGGAGUCAGAUUUAAGUCGGAGGCACUGCAACAUUCAAAUUCACACUUCAUCAUGUGUUAUAAGAGCGCGAGAGGAAACGCAUCAGGGUUUUCCUAUCGUGAUUUUAAAAUAUUUCAAAUAUAUCUUUCUAGUUUUGGAGCGCAAGGGAGAGAGGGAAUAAGACUUUUGCAAACAUCUGCUCUUACUUUGAAUGACCAUCAGUCUUCUGUGAUAUCGCUUAACUUGUUGUUUGGGUGGUUUUUAAAUCACUGAAUUCUCAAUAAACAAAAAAAAAAAUGGUUAACAGUAAUCGGGGAUAAAUGUUUUUGAUACACUAACGCAAAUAACAUUUUAUCCGAUUAAUUAAUGUAAUAAUCGAUAAAAUAAUCUAAACAUAUUGACAGCCCUAGAGAAGGACAAUUUAAAAAUGUAACUUAAAAUUAAAUUUGAAAGUAAUUGGGGAUAAAUGUUUUAAAUGCACAAAUGCAAAUAACAUUUUAUCCGAUUAUUCGAUUCAUUAAUGUUAUAAUCGAUAAAAUAAUAUAAACAUAUUAAAAAAUGACAGCCCCAGAGUAGGACAAUUUUAAAAUGUAACUUAAAUUUAAAUUUGAAAGUAAUCAGGGAUAAAUGUUUUAAAUGCACUAAUGCAAAUAACAUUUUAUCCGAUUAUUCUAUUCAUUAAUGUAAUAAUCGAUAAAAUAAUCUAAACAUAUUAAAAAAAUGACAGCCCUAGAGUAGGACAAUUUAAACAUGCAACUUAAAUUUAAAAUUAAAUUUAUCUGCUGUGAUUGUUUUUUAUUAUUUUUUUUAUUCGGACAACAGGAACGUGAAAAGCUAAUAGGCUCGUCUUGUUACCUCACUGCAUGGUCGUAGAGGGCUCGUGGCAAACUCGGCAGGUGGGCUUGGAGGCCAAGUCUGCGUACUAUGCACCAUUAGUAUGUUUGUGUUUUCGGGAGGACGGUGGGGGGUUACGAUUUAACUUUUAAAUCGACCUACUUCGGCGCGCCAACUGAAUCAGUCAACAUCAGAAAGUUGCAACUGGUGCUCAAUGUAUGUUUUUUAGGUUCAUUCAGACAAUCGACACACACUCACACACACUAACCCCAACUGAUUGAUCUUUAAUUGAGAAGCAUUUACUAGUUUUGUGCACUGCAAAGAUGUCCUUCACUUGUUGUGCUCUCUCUUCUCAUAAAAUCAUGGAUGACAUCACCCCAUCGUCGACACCCGGCUCUAUCUGCUCCUCAAGCAAUAAGCUUAGUUUACAUGCUUAAUAGCUGGGUGGUACUUCAAUUUCUUUUUCAUUUUUCAAUCAUCCCACACUCUGCUUUUCAGAACAAUAUUGAUAUGAUUAUGUCACCGCUUCCAGAAGCCCACUUGAACCCACUCACAAGCAUUGUUAGUAUAUCUAUUUUUUAUAUAAUAAUUUCAUUAUGAGGAGAGAGAGCAGUCACACUGCUGUUUGCCUUUGAUGGAGAAGUGUGUCGUGUUGUGGACGUUGGUAGAAAAAAAAAUGAUUUAAUUUAAUAAAAUAAAAUAAAAAAAAAAGGCCUUUCAAAGGGUUUUGGAAUUAUAAGAAAUGUGAUGGCAUAAAGAUGGUAAUUGUAAUUCUAUUUUGAAAUGUUGAGAAAAAUGGAUAUAAAUGCCAAAUAUUCUGUAUUUGUACAAAAACUAUAUACAUAUAUAAAUAUAUAUAUAAUAUAUGCCUAAUUUGAAUGGAACUAUUUUACGCGCUUGACCAUGUUUUUGUUGUUUCAAGGAGUUCUUUUUUCUGUCCACAUGAUUUUAUAGGCUCUUCAGAUAGCAUGCAGGGUAGUGAAAAUGAAUGUAUUAUUUAGUGUUUGAUUGCUGCUCACUAUUACAGCAUUCUACAGAUUGGUUAGUGUUUAUAAGAUUCUUUUCAAAAUGAAUAUUUCCUUUAAGAGGUUUCUUUACCCCGGGCACAUUUACCGUACAUUUUGGAUUCAACAAUUCAUUCAUUUUUUUUCCUUCUUGCUUUGUGUUUAAAAGUAUAAUUUGAGUCUUUAAAACUACUGCCGUCCACCGUGUGUAAAUAAAGAUGCAAAUUAAACUUUUUGA